AAUGCCCGAACACAAUCGGAUUUAAGGAGCUGCCCUCGGACUUGAUACGAACGGGAGCGAGGACUCGCGCGCAGCCCGGGCGUAAGACCAACGUGAUUGGUGGAAGAAGUGCGCGUGGGCGGGAACGCAGUCUGCAGUGAUUGGAGCACAGAAACCUCUAUGACGACACUGUUAUUUCAAUGAUUUCUGUAGAAUUUCGAGAUACGUAAAUAAGACUGUAAGAAGCCUGGUCGGGGCAAGAGUUGAGGGCUUGACAUUUUUCAGCUGCCGAGAAAGUUAUUUUGCUUGCACGCGAGUCACCUGCUCGUAUGCAUAGACCCAUUCCUUUGGGCUUUUGAAAUGUUCACAACUUGUUCAAUACUUUCUUUAGAAAAUGGAACAGAUUUAAUCUAAUCUAGUUUUAAUAUAAUCGGAAAGCAGUCCUCACUAAAGCGUAACGAAUUCUUGACGCGGGAACAUUCCUAGUCCGUCAAAAGGACAACUAGUGGACUUAGUUUACCUAUUUUACUUAAAACAUUAGUGUUCCCAAAUUAGAUAAUUUCUUCAUCAAGACUAUGGCAUUACCACAUUUGAGCAGCGAUCCAAGCGAAGUGUGUCUCUCCCCGGCAUCCUUGGAUGACGACUCAUACUCAAGUGACGAGUCAUGCGACGAUCUCCCGGACUCUCCUGUCUCCCAAGACAGUGACCAGCCCUCCUCGGGACCCAAUGGGUCACAGAGCGGAGUCCGGACAAGACGGCGUGGGAGCGGGAAAGACAGUUCCGAACACCCGGGGAAGAAGCACCUCCGUCCCCCGACCCAGCAGAAGGAGAAGGAGCCCCAUCUUGUGCAGCGACGCAACGCCAGGGAGCGACGACGGGUGCAGCUCGUCAACGAUGGCUUCGUGCGACUUCGCAGAAAAAUCCCAACGGAGCCGAGAAAUAAGAAACUGUCCAAGGUGAAGACGCUUCGCUCGGCCAUCAAUUACAUCAUGCACCUGCAGGAGACCCUGAAUGAGGCAGCGAAUCGACAGACAAGGAUGGAGGAGAUGGAGACAGUUGGCAUGACGGUUGCAAUGGCACAUCAGGCACAGCCUCUCUACAACGAGUGGCAACAGUACGACGUACAAACCAUGUGCAAUGGUUACAACGACUACCCCGUAGAGAAUCACCCUGGCUACUACUACUAGAUGAUGCCUUCAUCACCAUAGCAACACGAACCGUGGAUGAGGAACCGUUUUGGUGAAACAAUGUCGUCAUGAUGAGUGACGUCAGUCUCCGGGUUUUCUGACAGUGCAUCACGAUUCACACAUACGAAGGAACGAUAUUCGAUGACACGUCAUCGGGCAAACACUCAACGAGAGCACGCCCUCUUGUGGAAAGAUACAGAAACAGGAGGUUUUCGGUCUGUUGUGGUCUAGGAGUUGAGACUGCGGUCUUUAGAAAUAAUUUUACGACAAUUUCGAACUGAUUGAUAAAUAGUCGUCGGGUUUCUUGAAACCGAAACAUUGUCUAUCAAGUUUGUACAUAGAAUGGCAACUAUUGGUAUUUAUUGCCCUAUUUUCGGCGCAGUGUAUUUAGAAGGAAGAAAGAAGAAUUCAAUGUAUAUAUUGGUCAUUAAAAGAAGUAAACCAUUUAUUGUGAUUGUUUUUGAUAUAAUUACCAUUAUACAUAGAUGUUUACUGAAAUAGAAUAUUAGGGAUUUUUAUGUCACCUGCCAACUAUAAAAAGCAUAAGUCCACUUUUCUUUCAAAGGUGAUGAAUGGAUUUUAAAGAAAAUCUACUUUUUUGUCUCGUUAUUUGAAGUCGCAAAAAGUAAAAAAAAAAAAAAACCAAAACAAACAAACCGGGAUUUCAUCAGAAACGAAGUAACAAACUACUCCACAUUAUCACACAAGGGUGUACGUGUGAAUGUUAAAGUAAUUAAU